GGAUUGACAGCAUAAGGAAAUUAUAACGGUGACUUUGGAAUGGCACAGAUGCGGAAGUUGGGAUGUGACGGGAUGAGGACGAAUCCCAGAGCGGAGCUCCGGGUUCCGCAGGUCUCGGCCAGGCAGGAGAUCCUGACGAGUCUGGUGUCAGCGCUGGACUCCGUGUGUACAGCGAUGUCUAAGCUGAAUGCUGAGGUGGCUUGCGUCACAGUGCACGAGGACAGCGUGAUUGCUGUGGGAACAGAAAAGGGAAGGGUCUUCCUAAACUCCAGAAAAGAGAUACAGACAGAUUUCCACAAGUUUUGCCGAGUGCCCUGUCUGCAAGCGUUAACGUCAGUGAAUCCCCACGCCAAAGUCUCGGACGGAGAAUCAAGCAGGAUUGGAAAAGACAGCGGUCAAGGGAAACACAGAGCCUUAACAGAAACCCACUCCAACAUCUUUGUGUUGAGGAAGAUGGUGGAGGAAGUUUUUAGUGUGCUUUACAGUGAGGCUGUUGGGAAGGGCAGCCGGGUCCCCGUGCCUUAUGAGUGGAUACAGAAGGACCCCGGCUCUGUGGUCGUCCAUGGCUUGCCUGAUGGGAUAAACUUUAGGAAGCCUUCAGAGUACGACACCAAAACCUUAAUGAAGAUCCUGGAGCAGAGCAACCGCAUCCGCUUCACGGUCAAAAGACCAUCAGAAGAGCCUAGUCGAGACGCCAAAUCCUGCCCAGACAUCAACCAUCAGUCCUCAGGCACCAAGAACGUAAGCAACCACGCCUCAGUCAAACCUCUGGGACAGGAUGUAUCUGCCAGCAACUCCGUGCUUUCGAAUUUCCUGUAUGGAAUGCCAAUGUCCUCUCAGCCACACCCAGACAGUAAGCUGGACCUGAAGCCCUCUUCGCUACACAGCGUCGAAAAAGACCGCCUGGGCAUGUGGGCAUCGGCCGACGAGAAAGGGACACCUGCCAAAGACUGUGCCGACAACGGUGAACGGAUAGGACUAGCAGGGGACCUCACCCAGAGCCCUCCCAGCAUUCACGUCUCCAAGCGCCUUCUGUUUUCCAUAGUGCAUGAAAAAUCAGAAAAAUGGGACUCGUUUAUUAGAGAAACAGAGGACAUUAACACGCUGCGAGAAUGUGUGCAGAUCCUCUUCAACAGUCGCUACGCCGAGGCACUGGGCUUGGAUCACAUGGUUCCCGUGCCCUACCGGAAGAUUGCCUGUGAUCCAGAGGCUGUAGAAAUUAUCGGAAUACCAGACAAGAUUCCCUUCAAGAGGCCGUGCACUUAUGGCGUGCCCAAACUCAAACGCAUCCUGGAAGAACGGCACGGGGUUCGCUUUGUAAUCAAGCGUAUGUUCGAUGAGCGGAUAUUUACGGCUGCUGGUAAAGUAGUUAAGGAGGAGGGAAAGCCUGAAGGCUCCACCCCUGACGACAGCUUCCCUGACAACCUGAGAAUUCAAAGCUCCGCCUUGGACCUGGUCAGCAACACCCAUAGCAGCAGGUCCACAAGUGCCUGUGUGAGUCCUCUGGUGGAUUGUGAAGCAGGGCCGUCGGGAGAUUGCGUACCCUUAAAAAAGAUCAAAACUGAGCCCCCAGAUGGUGAAAUAAUUCAGGUGACUGUUCCAGAUGCCAACUUAUCGGCCGAGGAACCGAGCGAGCCUCUGGCUGACCCCGCGACCCCUGACCUCCGGCGCUCCCUGGAGACCCUUCCAGUUGAAGCCUUAUCACAGAAAUCUACACCCCAGGGCCUCAAAAGAGCUGUUGAAGAAGACAUCGGAGAAAUGAUUCUUCAGCUGCGAAAACAAGUGGAAAAUCUGUUUACCAGUAAAUACACUGAGGCUCUUGGCCUGUCAGAGCCUGCUAAGGUGCCAUACGCCAAGUUCCAGAUGUACCCAGAGGACCUGUAUGUCACAGGGUUGCCGGAAGGCAUGGCUUUCCGAAGACCAAACUGUUUUGGGGCAGCCAAACUGCGAAAGAUACUUGCUGUCAGUGACCAGAUCCAGUUUGUCAUUAAAAGGCCGGAGCUGUUAACAGAAGCGGUCAAACACGAAUCUCAUCCCCUGCCACCCUGUGAUCCAGGAGACGCUGAGUCCAAAGACAGUUUGGCAGAAGACCCAGGUCCUGCUUCUAAAAGACCUGGUUUCUCAGAUAGCCUAGAGGCUAAGCUGUCUAGAAUUGACUUGGCCAACGCGUUGAGGGAACAGGUCCAGGACCUUUUCAAUAGGAAGUACGGGGAAGCACUUGGCAUUAAGUAUCCUGUCCAAGUGCCUUAUAAGAGGAUCAAGAGUAACCCCGGAUCUGUGAUUAUUGAGGGCUUACCCCCUGGCAUCCCAUUCAGGAAACCCUGCACCUUUGGCUCGCAGAACCUUGAAAGGAUUCUGGCUGUUGCCGACAAGAUCCGAUUCACUAUCACUAGACCUUUCCAAGGGCUCAUACCCAAACCAGCACCGCGACGAAUCACAUUACUGAAGAAAGCUUAUGCGUCAAUUAGCGAUGAAGAGGAAGUCAGUCGUAUGGGAGAAAAAGUCAUUCUACGGGAACAAGUGAAAGAGCUGUUCAAUAAGAAAUACGGAGAAGCUCUCGGCUUGGACCGGUCCGUUCUCGUUCCGUACAAGCUUAUCCGGGCCAGUCCGGACUCCGUAGAGGUUUGCGGGCUUCCGGAGGACAUCCCGUUUCGGAAUCCGAACACGUACGACAUUGUUCGUCUAGAGAAAAUCCUUCAGGCGCGAGACGAAAUCACCUUCAAAAUUAAAAGCCCUCUGCAACCAUUUGCAGAAAUUUGUCCCCAGCCUUGUAAUACUGAAGGGAAAGAAGUGUCCACCAAUCGACGUAAACGCAAGCGAGUGCUCGACAGCGGCCAGUCGUCCACGACCCCUGCGGCGGAUUCUGGGGUGUCCUCUGGUCAGAUUCCCGUGAUGCAAUGGCCUAUGUACAUGGUGGAUUACAGUGGCGUGAAUGUACAAGUUCCGGGAAAAGUGAAAUACUAGCAGUUUGCCUGAUGACACACUGAAGAGAGGAAGACCUCCGGGGCCGCGUCGUCAUACGGACGUUCAGAACUCUGAGUGUCGACUUUCUAAGGGAGUAGGGAUGCAAAACCCUUCAGGCUUUGGUCCCAGCUUUCUGAAGACUGCGCGGAAUGCUGGCAAUCACGAAUGGAAUGGUUGAAGUGUAACAUUGUACAGCAGCAGCAGAACGAGGUUGAUCAUGAAGAGUUUCAGGAUCAGUGUUUCAUGGCUACGUCUUAGCCACAAAACAAACAA